AUGGCUCGGACGGAAAUCAACCGAAUUGGCUUAUUCGGAGCGACGAGCUACAUAAUAGGUUCUGUGAUCGGAUCAGGCAUUUUUGUUUCGCCGAAAGGUAUCCUUGAACAUGCCGGAUCUGUCGGGUUGUCUCUCAUAAUAUGGGUGUUGGCCGCAAUAUUGGCUAGCCUAACAGCAAUAAACUAUAUCGAACUGGGUACUAGUAUCCCUGAGUCAGGAGCAGAAUUUGCUUAUGUUACUUAUGUAGGAUGGUACCCAGUUGCUUUUUCUUUUCUUUGGUUGUCUGCUAUCAUACAAUGGUAUGAGUACAGAUGUUUCAGUAGACUCGCAAACGUUUAUAAAAGAAAUUUAUCACUUAGCUCCUGCAGCGGAGCCACGUUGGCGCUCACGUUUGGAGAGUACAUUAUGGUCGCCAUAGAUCCAUUAGUUUGUAUGAGUGAUUCGUACCGUAAAAAUGCCGUUCUCUUGUUGUCGUACGGUAUUUUAUGUGAGUUUUUGAUAUUCUAGCA